UGACACAACCAGAAAAAUUAAACGCGCACAAAAUAGCACGAAUAUCCAACACGGGUAUUUUUUUAAUGAUAUUAAGAGUAAAAGAAAAAUGGAAAUAUCCGAAUUAGUGUCGGCACGUAAAUUUCGGGAAUUUAAUACGAAACAAAAAGAGGAGUUGUAUGAAACUUUACUACAGUUAAUUGUGUCCAUAGAGGAAAUACCCAAGAAGUCUCUGCGCCGCACUUUGGAAGUCACAUUGGCUGUCUUGCAGUACAAAGGCGAUCAGGUCGCCGCCUUACGGUCACGACUAGAAGAUAAAGAGGGCAGUGAUGAUGACUCACGUACCGAACGGCUGAGGGAUGAGAACGAAAGACUUAAGGUUAUGUUGGAAAAACUAGAUGAUGAAAAGUUAGAGCUGAAAGCCAAAGUUAAGGAGCUCACAGAAGAUAUUUUUCAACUCCAAAGGCGCCUACAAGAGGCCGCUCAAUCAGCUGCCACUGAGGUUAGCGACAAAGACUCUUCCGAUCCACUGUCAGAGUUGGACAAACAAGAGGAUCUACUGCGAAAUAUCAAUUCAAAAAAUAAGCACAUAAAACGUUUACUGCGUGAAAUAGAGGCGCUUCAAAAUCAAAAUAUCGCUCAGACAAAAACCAUCAUCGAAUGUGAAACAGAGUUGCAACAAAACAAAACGAAGCUACUACAACUUAGCGCUGAUGUAACACUCGUCGACAGUGAACGGAAGGCGCUAAAAGAAACCGUGAACGAGCUGAAUAUUGAAAUUGCACGCUUGGAAGGCAAUAUUACUUAUCUUGAAGAGGAACGUGAGAAGAGCGAACACGAUUUGAAGACUUUCAUUGAAAAAUUAGAAAUCAAAGCGCAAUCUUGGAAAAACAUGUUGGACGCAAAGGAAAAGGAAGUGAAAAAGUUACGUACGCAUCUGGAAAAAGUCGGAGAGACGGCAAGUCUCUCAGAGAAUGCAACACGUUCUGGCAAGGAGGAUUUGGGGAAAAAUGCCAUUAACAGCGAUACUGAUAAAGAGACUACCAGACUUUUACAUGCCCUCGAAUCACGUGAUAAACAUAUCGAAUCUCUUGAGGCCAAGAUUAAGUAUUUGGCCGAAGAAAUGUUGUCGUCCACUAGACUAAUGAAUCAACUAUCCGCUGAAAAGGAAGACGCGCGCAAUCCAAAUAAAAGUCGUGCUUGUUGCAAGACAAUUGAGGAAUCACUUCAGGCGGCAAAUGAACGUUGCCGCGAACUCUCCGAAAUGUUGGAGCGUAGUGAGGAAGAUAAUGCAUUUAAAUCCAAACAAGCUCUGCAAGCGAUAUCAGCACUGGAUGCCUACCAGCGUGGUGAGGAUGGGCUAGUGAAAGCGUUACGUAAGUGCACUGCUCUGGAGCAGAAGGUAAUCUCACGUGACAAACAAAUACGCGCGCUUAUUAUGGAGCUCAAUUCGAUGCAUGAAAUAGCACAUGAAAAUGGGAUAUUACGUAGGCGUCUGAAUAUUCCUGAUGACAUGGUAAUAUCAGCGAAAAACUUGGUGGCGAAAGAGCGCAACAAGGAAAAAAUUAUCGAAAGAUUGACGUUGAAGCUGCGCGCCUCGGAGGAAAUGCGCCUUCAGCUGAAGUUAGACAAGAAUGAUUUGAGGAAGGAGUUGUUGGAGUUACAAAAGCAACUACAAAAAUCCACUCAAGCUAUGGUUGAAGAAGAUACAGCUACAUUGGACAGCAUGCACAAUCCUAGUGAAGUUGGCGAAGUUACAGACAGUGUAAAUGCAAAAAACGACGAGAAUAAUGAGCAGGUGAAGAUCUGCACGAACUGCAAAUUGUCGCUCGAUAUUCCAGAUGAAUCCAACGAGGUUAUAGCCAUCAGUCAGCUGAAAUAUCAGGAUGUACUUGAUGAAAAUGACACAUUACGCACGGGAAUGAUGGAGAUUCUAGAAAAACUUCGGGAAUAUGAUGCUUCCUCCGACCAUAUCACCAUCGACACGGAAAUGCUCUACCGACUUCUCGAAGCUUUACGCAGUAGUUCGGUGCCAAAUACUCCGAAACGACUACAAAAUGAAUUGCAAGCUUUGAAGGCACGUGAAGAGGCUUUACGUAUUCUUAUAAAUGAGCAGCCACAAACACAAAAUCCGGCUGCCGAAGAAACUGACGAACUCAGCUCUGUGGAAAGCAUACGUGAAGGUAGCGAGCUACGCAAUGGCUACGAAGAAGAUUUAACUCUUAAUUUACCCAAUCCUAUGGACUCUUCCACACGUCCAACGACGCCGAACAAGAAUAUCAUACAGAAAAAGCUGCCAAUAAUAGAUGGAGAAUCACCAGUAUAUGAUUCCAAAAUACAUAAUCUCGAAGCCCAAAUAUCCGAAUUGAACAUCUAUCGUCAGGGGUUUGAAGAUCUGCAAGAGCAAAUGAAAGCAAGUGACAUCGAACUGAAACAGCAUUUGGCUAAACUGAGUAGACAGCUCAUCAGCGAACAGCUAGAGCUUAAUAAAGAAAAAUGUUCUUAUGCUUUCAUGCGCGAGGAAUAUGAUAACACACUCAGCGAAGCCAAACAAAAUGAAUUGCGUAAUAUCGAACAGGUGGUAACGUUACAAAAGGAAAUUAACGCUCUGAAAGACAAAUUGACUCGCCUCGAAGUAGAACGAGCACAACUAUUGAAUGCCGGAAACAUCAGCAAGGAAGACUAUUUACAAGUGCAAGCAGAGAAUACAAACCUAAGAGCACAACUAGCAUUUAUUGUUGAACAACUUUUUGCCGGCAAAUUGGGCGACGAACUUCAAAUCCCGGAUAUAUGUUCUGAUUAUGGUAUUAUAGAUGAAAAUCUACAGUUGGACUUUUUAACCUUUGGAGAGUAUCAAGAUUUACAAUUGUCGCUGAAAGAAGCGCUGCAGCAACGAGAAGAAUCGCUGCGAAAGUCAGCGCAGCUAGAGAGUUUACUAGAGAUUGCACAGUCUCAAAUUCAGUCACAACAAAAGUUAUUGAAUGAGAUUACAGACAACCACGUUAACCUACGGCAUCUGGUCGCCGACCUACAGAGCAACACAGAAGAAAACCUACUGUUGGCGAAAAUGCAACGAGAACUCGACAGAUCUAAACGGGAGUUGACAAAUUUGCAUUUAGACUUUGACCAACUUAAACAAAGGUGCGCUCUGUUGGAGCGUGAUAUCAUCGCAAAGGAGCAAAAGUCUGUCAAACUAUUCGAACGCUUUCAAAUGGAAAGUCAUGCCAAGGAACUUAAAAUUAGAUUUUUGCAAAAGUCCCUUUAUGCUCUGCGGGAGAAGUAUGCCAAAUUUACACCACUUAUCUUCCUGACUAACUAUAUUUUUGCAUAUACCAAAUUUGUAAAGAUGUCUCUUCGAAAAACAGGAAAUAGUAGAGAAAAUGACCUAAUCGAGUAUGUUAAAAAUUCAGUUAUUAGUAAAAUAAAAACUGAGAGUGGAGUCCCGGAUGAGUCACAGAAUGUGAUUAAGAUCAUUAAGGCAGAAACACAUUGCAAGGUCCUGGAAGGAAGCCUACAUGAUCUGCAAAAGAGGUAUGAGUCCCUGCAAGAGGAACUGGUGGAGCAACGCUUAAGUUCGGCAAGAGAAACAGAGCAUUGGCAAACAAUAUCAGCACUUUUUGGCAUAGAUGAAAAAUACACCAGUGCAGUAGUCCCUGCUGCUGAGGAAAUCAAACAAGGUGACAGUAACAUACCGACGCAGAAAAAUGUAGCCACCAAUACUGAAGCUCCGGUACCAGCUGAACGUAAACUAUCAAAUAGCACAACUCCUAACAUCGUGAGUGGAAAAUUAACCACGGAAAUGUUAGAUAAAAAUCUCUCACCAAUCGGCUCGCCUAUAAAACGUAUACAAGCGUUAGAUGCCACAACACAAACCUGUGUGGUAAAAUCUCCUCGAAACUCGGGUGAAACUGGUGGCGAAGAUCAUGAAACGUCCGAAAAAGACAUUAAUUUAGGACAAAGUACGAGUAAGCUAGUAUCUCAAGAGGAUGAAGAUAAAAAAAUCAAACCUUUUAUCAAUGUGGUGAAUAAAGGUGCUAUAGACGCCAUAGUACAAACACCUUUUGGAAAGAUGGAAUGUCAAAGUGUACAAACCGAUACUUCACUAAUUAUUGAACCAACAAAACCUCAAGACGAAAUCUCGACCAAGGAGCUUCAAAAUCGAAUUAUGGAAAUGCAAGAACAAAUGAAUAAGCGGGAUGUUGAUCUUAAGGAGUACAAAAAUGCACUUUCGACAGCUAAUAAACGCAUUGAAGAACUUCAAGGAAAGCUUGAUAUUUGUAAUUCUUCAAAGCAGCAAGAAAGCGAACCCAAAGCAGCUGCUGAAACAGCCUCGGACUCGAAGAGUGAUAUCAUAGAAAAAACCAUAGUUUCAUUCCAUACGUUACUUGGUGAAAAAGAUAAAGCCAUCAGCAAAUAUCAAGAGCUCUUACAAACUGAACGUGAGCAAGUUAAAAUUACCACCGCGAAACUCAACAAAGACAUUGAAGAUCUCAAGAACACUAUCACGAAUUUGAACUUCAACAUCAAGACCAAAGACACGGAAAUACUCGAGUUGAAGACGAAACUAGAGGUUGCGAGCGUACGAAGAAAUUCUGCUGAGAAGUUGGAUGUAGCUACAGGCGCGGUCGGUGGUGGUGGUGACGAUGGCGGUGAUAACAGUUUAAAUGAGUUGACUGAUGAGAAAAUUGAAGAGAUGUUCCAACAAGAGCCUGUAGCAGUAUCGACUGAUAUACAAAACGAACGAGAACCUGAAUCCACAGUGGAAGGGAAUACCGAGCAGUUAGAAAAGCAGGACACAGAGUCACUAAAAGAGACAACAACGUUAGUUAAGCUAAUAAAAGAACUGAAAGAUAAAGCUAGCUAUUGGGAGAAAGCGCUUUUAGUUAAGGAUGAUGAACUAAAACUACUGAAUGAGAAAGUGAGUCUUUAUGAAGAGCGUGAGAAAUCAUUAGAGUGUUCUGUUCAUCCAGAACUGGAGCAGAUGAGAACGCUACUGGAGGAGAAGGACAAGCACAUCAAUGAUCUGACCGAGACACUUAAUAAUUUCCAUGAUGACCAACAACGCUUUAUUAAGGAUUCCUCCAGCUAUUCGGCGGACCAGAUAGCAAAACUGCAUGCCGAUCUUACACGCACCGAAGCAACAAACAAAAUUUACCAUACCCAAGUCGAAGCACUGCGACGACAAAUCACAAAUCUGACACAGAGGGAGAAGCAAGCACGAGAACAGAAUCAGUCCCUUCGUAACCAGCUCAUAAAACGUCCAGUAGUUUCAAUUAAAACCGAACUAAACGCACGAGUUAAAACUGAGAAUCUGCAGAAAAGGAUACAAACACUAGAACUGGACCUGGAAGAUGCUCGCGCACAAAUACAACGACAACAAAUCUUACUCGAAGCAAAACGAGCGAAAAGUGCCUCUGAAGUUGGUUUGUGGGAAAAACAGAAACGCUGGCAACAGAAUGCUGAGAAAUUCAAAGCUAAAUACGAGGAGACAGAAUACGCUUUAGAGAAAACACGUGCGCUUUUGCAGUCAGCCCGCAACAUGAUCGCUCGUUUGGAAAAGGAGAAGCAAACACACGAAAUGAGACACGGCAGAACAAAUCAGAGUGCGGGAAUGCCAGCUAUGAAAUGCUGUCGCACACCCUCUUGUCCGAAUCUGCAACAUGGUGGCUGCAAGUACACACCUUCAGAGAGUCCGGAAACAUACACUGGAGCAAGCAGUGAAUGCAGUUCUCCAGCGCAUAGCGCGCUCAAUCGUCAUAAGCAUAUUGAGGCACAUUUCUACGCUUCUACUAGUCGUAAUGUCACCGCAUACACUUCGACGGAAAAAAAUCAACCUCAUGAGGAGCUGAUGGAGGCGCUUAAAGCCCGGAUCGAGCUACAACAGCGCAAAAUUCUUGCUAUGGAGCUGGAGGGCAAAGGCAGUAAUGUGCUAACGACCGAAAUAGAAAGAUUACAGGAGAAAUUGUCAGAGAUUGAAGCGCAGAAUAUACGAUUGGAGGCAAAAAAUCUGCAACUGCAACUUGAUAACGAUCUCUUACGCCAAGGCGAUGAAACAGAGCGUUUGCAAAAGCGCAUCAAAUAUCUGGAGGAUUACAUAAUUGCUUUAAAAGAGGAAAUGGCGCAAUCCGAAGCACGACGGGAAUUAUGCAAGUGUUCGGGUAUCAAAGUGAACACUCAGUCGGGUCAAUCAGCGGAGCAAACCAUUCUUUCGUUGCGCGGUAUUGUAGAGAAGCUGCGAGCCGAAAAUAAAUACCUGAAAGAUGUGCGACGAUCGUGCGAAUCUAGAAGUAAAAAUGAAUCGGCUAAUGCGGAUUUGAGUAGGUUACAAAAAUUAUACUCGGAAUCGCUGGAUAAAGUAGCGGGUUUGCAAGACGAGUUAAAUAGCAAGGCAAAAUGCAAAAUUUGUAGCAAGGCACAGAAUAUGACUCAAACUAAUGACGAGCUGGCUUUUAUAAAGGAGCAACUUAGCAAAAAAACACAACUUUUACAAAAAGCAAAAGUUCUACUCACACGUGCCGCAGCCAAGGAAAAGGUACUCAAGGAUCAGUUGUUAAUGUGGAAGCGUAAAUGCUCUGAACUUCAAAAUGUACCAGUUAUAGAUGAGAUAAGUGAAUAAUUAUACAGUUCCACUUUAGCUAUAGUUUUGAGUUAUUAGAUUAGGUCAUUGAUUUAAGCCAUUAGAAUAAUAGUUUCGAAAAAACGAGAUUAUAAAAGCAUGUAUUUUAAUUUUGAAAA